UAAGAGCGGUUCACUAUGGGCAAAAUGGAUUAUCGAGUAGCACGUACGGUUUUAGGUGGGGUGGCGUAGGCCCUGGGGGGUGCACUACACACACCACGCUCCAAACUUGAAUGAGCAUGGUGUGGUGUGUCUGCGUGGUGUGCCUUGUGUGUAACAUAUCGCCCUACGAACCGCUCCUCCUUGUGGGUGCCAAAUGACAUGGUCUGAAGGCGCCGCUGGACCGCCCGCAGCAGCGAGACAUGUCUCCCUUUCACGCGCUCCGCAGUCGACUCCAGAACUCGCACAGCCAGGACUCGUUGUCGCUCUCCUGCGGCAAACGCGCGAUUCAGAACCUAGUUUUCCGAGGCCCUGUGUUCGCUGUGCUGCUCGCCCUAUGGCUGCUCGCGGGCGUGUCGUUCGCCGCGUGGCUCUGCUACUCCACGCACGCGUCGUACCAGCGCGAUCGCCGUCAACGCCUCGACACGUGGUGCUACGAGCGCGCAAAGCUGUUCGAGCAGCUCACGCUCACGACCAUCAGCCAGAUCCGAACUCUCGCGGGGCUGGCGGCCGUGAUGGGCAGGCCCAGGGGCCACGGCAACUGGACGUGGGACACGUGCCUCACGGAGGAGCGCUGGACCGCUCAUCUCAACGGCACCAGCUACUCGCGACCAGGGAACACGGGCGCCAUGGUGUGCCUCUAUGUCACGGACCAAGAGCGGCCCGCGUUUGAGCGGCAGUACGGUGGCCCCAUUCUGGACUUCACGCUGGCGCGGCGGCAGCAGGCGGCGCUGUACUGCCCCAAGGUGCUGGAGAUCCACGCGUACCGCGGGGUCAUCCUGCUCGUCGACAUCAUGCAGCGCGCGCCCGACGAGAUGGCCUUCCUCAGGGCCUCUGGAGACAUCGUCUUCAGCCCCGUGGCGCCCAUUGGCCCGCUCGCCCUCAACCUCACCGGCUUUGCGGUGGGCGUGCCCAUCUUGCAGCACGCGCUGCCGCCGGGCGGCAGUGAGCAGCAGGUGGGGGGCGCGGCGGUGGGCGCGGCGGGCGCCAACGUGGACCUGACGUCCAUCGCCGCCAGCGUGCUGCACAAGGUCUUCACGCCAGACCCCAGCAUCACGUUUGAGGUGUACGACAGCACGAGUCCCAGGGGCAUGGCCAUGAUCUACGGGCCGGGCCCGCAGCUGCUGUACUACAAGGACCGGGACAUCCUGCCCCUCACUGACAUCUCUCCGGACAAUGUCACGCGCCCCUUGGAGCAGCACGCUGUGGUGCCGCUGGACCUGCUGGGGGGCCGCCUGCGGCGAUAUGAGGUGUGGUGCCGCUACGUCCAGCCGUCGAGUGCGUGGCUGUCGUGGGGCGUGCCGGUGCUGUGGACGGCGUUGGCGCUGGUGGUGACGGCGCUGAUAGCGGGCAUCGCGUGGCAGCAGCGCGUGGGGUACGUGCGCAGCCAGGAGGGCGUGGCAGCAGCGGACGUGCUGCGAGGGCAGGCGCGCGCAGCGGAGCAGUCCAAGAGCGCGUUCGUGGCGUCCAUGUCGCACGAGCUGCGCACGCCCAUGGUGGGCAUCAUGGGCAUGCUCGAUGCCCUCGCCGACAUGGGCCUCUCCGCCGCCCAGCUGGCGGACGUGGGUGAGGCGUCCGUGGCAGCGCAGGAGACGGUGCGCCUGGUGAACCGCGUGCUGGACCUCUCCAAGCUCGAGGCCGGCCGCAUGGCGCUCUCGUGCUCGCGCUUCUACCCGCGCGCGUGGCUCGAGAAGCUGGUGCUCCAGCACUAUGGGCGCGCGCGCCACAAGGGGAUCGAGAUGGGUGCCAUGGUGGAUACGAGUGUGCCUGCGGUGCUGGACAUGGACACCAUGAGACUCACUCAGGCGCUCAAUGAGCUCAUAGACAACGCCCUGUGCUACACCACGCGGGGCCACGUGCUGCUGCGUGCGUGCGUGUGCGCGGCUCAAACGGCCCUCGAGGACGCCGUGCGCCACCUCAAUGCAUCAGAUGCCCCGCGUCAGCCCCCUCCUCCUCCGAGGCCCUCCUUGUCUUGGCUGUCAUGCGUGGCCGCUCAGCCAGCGCUGCUGUUCGGCAGAGCUGUUGGGACGUGGUGGGAGGAGCAGGGGGCAGGGGAUGAGAGCGACGGAGGUGAGGACCGGCCAGUGGCAGGGGAUGCAGAGGCGGGCGCUGCAGCGCAGGGCGAGGAGGAGCGGGCGAGAGAGUGCGGUGGUGGUGGGUGGCGCAGCAGCGAGGGCAUGCAGCUGGUGGUGGCGUGUGAAGACACGGGGUGUGGCUUCCAAGCGACGUGGGAGGACCUCUCACACUUUCAGGUGACACACAAAGGACGUGUCACUGCUGACAGGGCGUGGUCAUUGCAGGGAGAAGAGACGCCUCUGAGGGUCGCGUGCGGGCUGAGUGCGAGGCUGGAGGAUGGGGAGGGCAACAACGCGACCCUCGUCCCGCAACCACACCCAAGGUGCAAAAAGAGGGCCGGCCGAUCGGAGAGCGGGGGAGCAGGGCUGGGUCUUGUGCUCGUGCACCAGCUGGUGUCCCUCAUGGGCGGCCGUGUGGCCUGCCUGUCCCGCCCCGGCGCCGGCUCCACCGUGGCCUUCUCCGUGCCCUUCUCCCUCCGCCCACAUUCUCCCUGCUCCCCCACUGCCCACGCCGACCCUCCCCCUCACGAGGAGGGCGAGGCGGAGGAGAGAGAGGAGGAUGGGACAGACGAGGACGAGGAGAGGGCAGGGCAGACACGGGGAUGUGGUGCCAUUUUGGGGGGUUGGGUGGCGAAGGGGGUGCGAGGGUGCAGGGGCAGGGCGAGGCGGGGUAUGCAAGUGCAGCGGUGUGGAGCGCAGGGCAUGCGAGAGAAGGAGCCAUGGGGGGAGGAGGAGGCGGUGGCGGGUGUGCGGUGUGCGAGUGGCAUUGAGGGAGUGGCUGUUGCCGUGGUGGGGGCGCAUGGAGACACAAGGGAGCUCACGGCGCGCAUGCUGUCGGGCCUGGGAGCGCGCGUGCGCUUGCUGCCGCACGCACUGCGCCUGCCAGCAGCCUCUGCAGCAUGUGGCGGGGAGGAGGAGGCGGGCGGGCUGGCAGGCUGUGGUGGGCCGUCAGACAGGGCGCAGGAGGGAAUGGGGGACUGCAGUGAGGCUGCGUGCAGAGAGAGUGGGUCAAGCAGACACAAGGGAGGUGGAACCAGGGGGGCGGAGUUGGAGGGAGGGGGAGAGGGGUAUGGGGAGGGGAGGGGGCGAGAGUGGUUGAGAGGGAGUAUGGCAUGUGUGGUGGUGGUGGAGGAGGAGGAUGUGUGGCGGCAGCAUGGUGGGGGAGCAGCAUGCGUCGUGCCCUCCACCAGCGACCAUGGCACCGGUGGGGGUGAUCAUUGCUGUGCUGGGGACGCCCAGCACGGUGCGCUGGGGGGUGUUGGCAGAAGGGCGGGUGUGGUUGCGCUGGUGGCGGCAGAGGCAGCGGCAUGGCAGGCGGCCGUGGGGUUGGCAAGGCACAGCAUGGCAGGCAUGACAGGCCCGGCAGGGGGGGGGGAGGGGAUGGGCCGGGACGGAGUGGCACACAGGGAAGGGGGAGGACAGGAGGAAGUGGGAGGAGGGGGCGGAGGGGCAGGGAGAGGAGGGACGGGAAGGGUGGAGGGUGGCGAGGCAGGUGGCAAGGAGGGUCCGGCAGAGAGUGGGCAACAUGGGGUGGAGGGGCAGAGGGGGAGGCGGUGGUGUGAAGGGGAUGGAGGAGGGGAGAGUGGCGUGGACGAAGGCAUGCUGGCGGGAAGGGCCAGGCGUGCUGGUGCCUCCGAUGUGUGUUUGGGGGUGGGAAAGGAACACAUAGAGUGGUGCACGGAGGGGCGUGGCGAGGGUAGAGGGUCAUCGCCCACGGUGGGAGGCGGAAGAGAGGCGUCACAGCCGUGCUGCAGGGACGAGGUGGCGGGGAUUGUCAUUCUCGCUGUUUCCAAGGGGGACGAGGAUACAGGGAUGGAGGAGAGCAGCAGUGCACGAGGGGGGAGGGCGGAGGAGGAGCAGUGUGCUGAUGUGGGGGGAGCAGUUGGUGGAACGAGGGCGUCAUCUGCCCCUCCCUCUCCCCCCGCUUGCCCCUCGUCACCGCUCACUGCCUCUGUGCCUGCCUCUGCUGCCCCUCCUCGUGUGGUUGUGUGCCACCGCCCCCUGCUCUCUCACCGCCUGUGCCACGCCAUUCAGCUCGCAGCAUUUGGGCUGGACUACAAGGACCCGUCCGAUGGCAGUGCACGGUGUGAGAGGCACGGCAGUCCUGAUAGUGCGUGGCGCACAGAGCAGAGCGGGCAGCAGGACGGCAGAGAGGGGGGCUGCGAAGAGGUGCAUGCAUCACAGUGCUGGUGCAUGGAGAGGAGUGGCCAGCAGCAGCAGUGUUCCAGUGGCGCUGGGAUGGUGGCUGAUGCGGGGGUUGGAAUGGGUGGGCGGGACGACAUCGAGCCGGGUUGGAUGAGCGAGUGUGAUAGACGACCAUAGUGUGCGCCAUGCGGUGAGGAGUGUGAGCGUGCACGUUGGGGCCAUGGCAGGAGGAACGGACUGUUCCAGCACCACAAGAAGGCACAGCAGCAGCGGCGCAGAAGCAGCGGCGGCGGCAACUGCAGCGGCAUUGGCAGCAGCAGGGGUGCUGCAGGGGCGGCGCAUUCUGGUGGUGGAUGACACGGCGGUGAACCUGCUGGUGGCGCGCCGCACGCUCACUCGCUGCGGCGCCACCGUCACCACUGCAGGCAGCGGGGAGGACGCCGUGCGGCGAGUGGCGGCGGCUCUGAGUGCGGCAGGGGAUGCGAGGGGAGGUGAUGAGGGUGGUGCGUUGGACGUGGUGCUCAUGGACCUGCACAUGCCAGGCAUGGACGGGUUCAUGGCGACAGAGGCCAUACGAGAGUGUGAGAAAGCCGUAGCUCGUGGGGCCGCUGCAUCAGAAGCAGCAACGGAAGUCGCACAAACGGGCAUGGAGGUUACCGUGCUCCCACGACUGCCCAUAGUGGCUCUCACAGCUGAUGUGGAUGAAGCCAUUGCACAGCACUGUCUUGCCAACGGCUUUGAUGGCAUAUUGCAGAAGCCCAUCGACCCCAGGCUGCUUUCCCAUCGACUCCUGCAGAUCGAACAGCCUCGCUGCUUGGGCCUGUUGCAAACCGAUUCACACUCAAUCCAAUAAUUGCUUGACAGUGCAGAUUUAGGUUUCCCGUCCAGAUGCAGAACUGCCACACAUGGCUAUUUUCCCACAAAUCUGUCAUUUCGCCUCCUCUUGCUUUCCUUGCCAGUGGACAGUUUCAUUCAGCACUGGGCAUGCUCGGCUAAAGGCCGCCUCUCAAAAAUCAGCGAUUGAGAGAGCUUGCUUUCUUGUCCUUUGCAUUAGGCAUUGUUUGUCAACUUAUACAUAUAUGUGUAUGGUGAAGUAAUAGGCUACAUAGGUGUAUGUUCUUAGUGUCGUGGCACUGGGAUAACCAUGCUUAGCUAAAGGCCGCCUCUAAAAAAUUAGUGAUUGAGAAAGCUUGCUUUCUUGCCCUUUGCAAUAGGCAUCGUAUGUAGAAGUUUUAGGCUAUAUAAGUGUGUGCUCUUAGGAGGUACAACUCCAAC